UCAUAGCGCUAACGUGGGAACGUGGGGGGUGCAAAACGGGUCCCCUUCAUCCCGGCGGGUUCCGGGGCCUGGCAGCCUUUACGCGAAGGCUCGCUUCCGGCGUCAUGGCUCAAAGGGCCUUCCCGAAUCCUUAUGCUGAUUAUAACAAAUCCCUGGCCGAAGGCUACUUUGAUGCUGCCGGGAGGCUGACUCCUGAGUUCUCCCAACGCUUGACCAACAAGAUUCGGGAACUUCUUCACCAAAUGGAAAGAGGCCUAAAGUCAGCAGACCCUCGAGAUGGCACUGGUUACACUGGCUGGGCAGGUAUUGCUGUGCUUUACUUACAUCUCUAUGAUGUGUUUGGGGACCCUGCCUACCUACAGAUGGCACAUGGCUAUGUAAAGCAAAGUCUGAACUGUUUGACCAAACGUUCCAUCACCUUCCUUUGUGGGGAUGCAGGCCCCCUGGCGGUGGCCGCUGUGCUGUAUGACAAGAUGAACAACGAGAAGCAGGCAGAAGAUUGCAUUACACGACUAAUUCACCUAAAUAAGAUUGAUCCCCGUGCCCCAAAUGAAAUGCUCUAUGGACGAAUGGGCUACAUCUCUGCUCUUCUUUUUGUCAAUAAGAACUUUGGAGUGGAAAAGAUUCCUCAAAGCCACAUCCAGCAGAUUUGUGAAACAGUUUUAACCUCUGGAGAAAACCUAGCUAGAAAGAGAAACUUCACAGCAAAGACUCCACUGAUGUAUGAAUGGUACCAGGAAUAUUAUGUGGGGGCUGCUCAUGGCCUGGCAGGAAUUUAUUACUACCUGAUGCAGCCCAGCCUUCAAGUGAGCCAAGUGAAGUUACAUAAUUUGGUCAAGCCCAGUGUAGACUACGUCUGCCAGCUGAAAUUCCCUUCUGGCAAUUAUCCUCCAUGUGUGGAUGAUAAUCGAGAUCUGCUUGUCCACUGGUGUCAUGGUGCCCCGGGGGUCAUCUACAUGCUCACUCAGGCCUAUAAGGUGUUCAAAGAGGAAAAGUAUCUCUUGGAUGCCUAUCAGUGUGCUGAUGUGAUCUGGCAGUAUGGGCUGCUGAAGAAGGGAUAUGGGCUGUGCCACGGCGCUGCGGGGAACGCCUACGCCUUCCUGAACCUCUACAACCUCACGCAGGACAUGAAGUACCUGUAUAGGGCCUGUAAGUUUGCUGAAUGGUGCUUAGAGUAUGGAGAACACGGAUGCAGAACACCGGAUACCCCCUUCUCCCUCUUUGAAGGAAUGGCUGGAACAAUAUAUUUCCUGGCUGACCUGCUAGUCCCCACAAAAGCCAGAUUCCCUGCAUUUGAACUAUAAAAAGAAAGCAUGCCCCCUGCAACUCACUGCAUGACCCUUUCUGUAUACUCAAACCUGGGCUAACUGCUUUGGUUGCUUUUCAAGGAAACAGAGUCAAACUGUGUACUUGAUUUAGUUAAUAUUUUUUUUCAGAAUCUGUCUUUAGUUCAGUUCCUUUUCUUUAUCAUUUACUUAAAAGCAUCCAAAGAAGUCUUUUAACUUCAAUUUCUUCCUGAAUGGUGGGUGAUAUGUACAGUAUUUUGAGGUCAUAUGCGUAUAUUUCAGAAAUUUGAAGAAAUCUUAUUUAAGUUUAUGCCUAUAACUAUCUGUUACUGUUCUAAAAAUGUUUAAAAGAAACUAUAGAUAAAGAAAGAUAAAUAUGACUAUUGUUGGAAAUUUUCCUCCACCUCUUCUCUUUAAUAUAUUUCCUCCAACAGGAGGGCAGAUAGUUUUACAACUUGCUUUUCUCUAGGUGGUCGAUUAUGAAAGGGGACAAAAUACAACUGUGUGCUUCCAAGGGAAAAAUUCGAAGAGUUACAAACUGGACUUGGGACCUAAAUGCCAUUUUUUAAAUUCAUGAUGCCUGUGUGGACUAGAGGUGAUCAUACUUUCAAAUAUGCCUAUUUUUGUCAGUAAGGCAUCUAGGCUUCCUAAGCCAACAUUAUAAUCAAAAACUUCUAAAACAUGGUGGUGGUUGUGAAAAUUUUUAUUUGAAGGUUACUUCAAGAUAAGCUAACAAUAACAGUUUAUUGUUUUCUCUAAAAUAAUCUAGGUAUUUUGGAACUAUUUAUUUAAAUUUGUUUUUCUGUGUUCAUAAAAAAUCAGGAAGCUAAUUUUCUAUGUGUGGAUAUGCUCUGAGCUAGGAUUCCAGUCCACUCUGACUGACCUUCUAAACUUCAACUUGUGUUUUACUUACUUUUGCAGUGACUAUGCUAUAGUGCUGGCUGUUUGGUAUAAGCCAUUUUCCAAAUGUAUUUUCCUUCCUAUCAAUUUUUCUGAGCAUUGGUCUUUUCACUAAAUAGUACAGCAUUCUAUUUCUGUUCAAAAAAGGGGACAAGAAGGAGGAUGCCAUGUAACCAAUAGCUUGAACAAGAACACCAAGCUCCUGAUAGAAAUGCUGUUUACUUAAGAGGUAUUAUCCAGAGUUCAUGCUUAGAACAAAUGGAUCUGUGCAUAUCCUAGGCUUAACAAUUCCUUAAUUUCUGAGACCACAGAAUCGAGUUUUAUAUUAUAGAUGAAGACUCCCUGGUGCUUCACAUUCUGUACAAAUGUUUUGACUCAUCAGCUCCUACUCCUACUCCUUCCAUUGCUGCUCUUCCCAGUCUUGUUUUAUCUCUUUUUGACUAAUUUUGAAAAAUUUUCAGCUUCAAAAUAACAGGGUCUAAGAAUUUUUAAUGUGCCUAUUUCGCAGCCCUCUUGGUCACAAAAACAUUCUAUUUUUAUUAGAACUUUGAACCAAAUUCCCACUGAGUGUGUGCUGUUUCCUGCAGCGAGCAGUCCUCUAGUAUUUUCUAUUUAGCACCAAAAUAGGUAAUAUUACUGGAAAUCAUCUGACCCUUUAAAGGCCACUGACCACAGGCUCUAAAAAGCAGCCCACUGCACAAUUCCUAGGAUUAGCUUACUCCUUCUGCGACUUGUGUAAGUCGGGGACUACAUUGUGCCUCUCGGAUUCCUGUAGUGCUGCUGGUAAGCUACGUGCAAGCUCUGCCUUUCUUGUGAAAGUUUCCAAUCAGCGAUGUCAGCAUUUACAGUAAGAAGCAAAAGUAGCACACAGCAAAGCUCAUUUGCCUUUGUCUGGGUGUCCAUCUUAAAAGAAUGAAGCUCAUUUGGUUUAGUUAAAUGUCUUACUAUACUGUGCCUCUCCUUUUAGCUACUAUAGUUACCAACUGAGGG